GGCCUGGCAUGUGGCCUCCCAGCGUGCCCGGAUUGGAUUGGCGCCUUCGAGAGCAAGAUUCGGAUUGCCCAAUGGUGUCGCGCAGAUUGGCUGGUCCAGAUCUGGGACGCGCGGCUCUCGGGCGCGCGUGCAAUCCUGGCUCGGAAUGGGGCGUUGGCCCAUCCAAGAAAGCUGCCGCCGCGCGACAGGUCCGCGCCGAAGGUCAGCCUCGCCGCCGACCCCCUGAACGCCCAGGCAGCCCGUUCAUCCAUUUGCAUCCAGGGCCUGGGCGAUGACCUGUACGCGCGCAAGGCUCAGCAGGCAGCCAGUUUCGCAGUCGACACACUCGCCGUUUUCGCAGAUCCCAGCGGCUGCAAGGACACCAUGGCGCUGCUCGACCAGGCAACCCGGAAGCAGCGAUCCAUCGCCCUUGCCGAGCGUGAGCUGAGAGCCAUGGCCGCGCUGGAGGCGGCGUGGAAGGAGAGAUGCUGGGCGCCCCUGCCGCUGCGGGGUGGCGUCCCGAGCUUGCCCGAGCGUAGGCGACAGUUCCAGGGCCUGGGCGCCUGCGCUCCCGCCCCGGUGCCCGUCGCCCCCGCUUCCAAGAGCCCCUUGCGUGUCCUGCGCGAACUCGAGAUGGGGUUUCUGGUGAACCUGGUUGGUUACCCGAGGUGCAAUUACGACCGAGACAUCAACCUGCAUUGCGCCAGCUUGUGCAGCAGGCACCUGGAGCGCUUCGACGUGACUCCCGCGUCCUUCUCAGAGCGCUUCCCGCG